UGGCUAGCCGAGAACCGUUUUGGUGCCAGGAGCUGAGGAGCAAAGCAGAGACGGAAGGAGGAAACCUGGAGGGAAUCAGAGACUGGUACAAAACAACUGGAAUCACAUUGGAUAGACAUUGUUGCCGCUUAGCUAUGGCUACAAAUACAGAAGUGUGAGAGCGGACGUAUUACAGACAUGUUGGAUGGCUGAGGUUAAACGAGAUAGCUAGCUAGCAGGUCCGGGACUCACUCAUCGAAGUUUGGCUGAAGAAGUUUCCAGCGACACAGCUAGCCACUAAAGAUAAUACCGGGCCUCUCCCUCUACACCGACCGACACUACAAACACAGGAAACAUGGUGUCCUGGAUGAUUUCGAGAAGCGUCGUGCUGGUGUUUGGGACCCUGUAUCCUGCAUACUACUCCUACAAAGCUGUCAAGACCAAAAACGUCAAGGAAUAUGUCCGAUGGAUGAUGUACUGGAUCGUGUUCGCCCUCUACACCGUGGUGGAGACCAUCACUGACCUCACACUGGCAUGGUUUCCUCUGUACUACGAGCUGAAGAUAGCCUUUGUGAUCUGGCUGCUGUCCCCGUACACCAGAGGAGCGAGUCUGAUUUACAGGAAGUGUCUGCACCCACUGCUGUCCUCCAGAGAGAGGGAAAUAGAUGAGUAUAUUGUGCAGGCCAAGGAGAGAAGCUAUGAGACCAUGGUGAACUUCGGGAAGCAGGGGCUGAGCAUCGCAGCCACCGCCGCUGUCACUGCAGCUGUCAAGGGUCAGGGUGCCAUCACAGAGAAGCUUCGUAGCCUGAGUAUGCAUGACCUCACACAGAUAAGCCAGCAGGACGAAAGAGGAGGAAACCAGCUCUACCAGUACAGCUCCCAUUCAGCCAACCCAGCCAUCAGGAGAUCCCAGAGCACUGACGCUGCUGACGGAGCAGAGUACUUUUAUGACCAGGAGGAAAGGUCAGAUGAAGAGGCUGAGCCAACCUUCUCUGAAGACGAGGCUGUUAGUCAGAAAGGACUGAGACGUUCGCAGAGCGUCAAGAUCGCACGAUCCAGAGUCCGCAAAGAAGUUCGCUAUGGAUCCUUGAAGAUUAAAGGCAAGAAGAGACCAGCACUGAGCUCUGUUAACUAUGGAUUGUGAAAAGACUCUGCACACACACAAACACACACACACACACACACACGCCGCUGAGCUUCUGCUGAUUGGUGGAUGAUAUAGUCAGCCUGUAUUCCAGCUCUUGUCAGUCUGACUUCUCACUCCGCUGAACUCUUUUAUCUCUUUUUAUCUCUUUUAUAACGAGCUUUCUGCUGACAUAUUUAUGACCUGAUACAUCCUUUUUUUUUUUUUCCCCUCUCAGAGAACUUUGAUGGUUAUCUGCGAGUUGUUGCCGUACAUUAUGUUUGUUGCAUGGACCUGUGUGUUUUAUUUGUUUUUCAUUAGAAUUGUAGGUUUUAGGUGUGAUGUUAUAUAUGUGUAGUCUUUUAGAUUUUAGAUCCAUCUUUUAGUUAUUUCAUACAAGUUUGGUGGUAUGACUUUCUCAUAAGGCAUCCUCCAUGAAGGGUUUAUAAGCUGCAACUAAUAAAUCACCAUCAUUUAUAGCUCAGUCAUUAGUACUAAUACAAGCUUCCAGGUUGACAGAAAUCCCUUUAGCUGGUGGUUAUCUUCCUAAUCAAUGCGUUAGUUGAUUAGAUUUUAAUUUUUCAAUACCAAACAUUCCCAAGUUCCAGUUGUUUUUCUUUCUCUUAUGUGAUGAUAAAUUGAUAAUCUUGGGGUUUCAGACUGUUGCCAUAUAUCAUAUAUCAAUUUGAGUUUCAGGAAAGUUCAAACUUCACCAUUUUCAACCAAACUAAACUAUAAAACAAUUAAUUGAGAAAAUAAUCAAUAAUUUAUAGAAUUGUCAGUUGUGGCUUUACUUUAGAUAAAGAGUCAUGCAGUCAUUGAUAUUUUAUUUAGGGCACAACAGGAAAAUCAGAAAACACAUCAUCUGACAUGUCAUAUCAUUGUAUAGUUGUUAUGGGAGUUAUGUGUCUGGUAUUCCAACAUUCACUCUCCCAUUAGUUUGCAUUAAAUAUACAUUUUGAAAGAAGAAACAACACAUUCUUUUGAACUCUUAAGCAAUAAAACACACCCUUCGAUGCAAUAGAUUCACGUGUUCUGCCGUUAGCUUACAAUGGCUAAUGUUAGCAAUCUUGAGAUAGAUAGUGCUGUGUAACUGACAUUACAGUUCAGUUCACUGACUCUACUUGUACAACUAUUACUCUACAUUUUAGCAUGUUAUACAUAUACAUUUCAGUGCUUACAUGUAAAUGCCACUUGUGGCCACACUUCCCCUCAGCUCCACUGAGGUUUUUGCUGUCUUUUAGCUGUUUUCAGUGAUGAAGCCAGUGUACACCACCUGUCCAGCACCAAACAGCAUAUAGACAAAGUUAGCAACUAGCUGGUGAGGAAAGCAGAAUAUUAGCCAUGACUCCAAAUGAAAUGUAAAUAGGCAACUGUUUGCUAACAUAUUCACCAUAACAACUUUAGAAGGUGAUGACAUG